AUGGCGGAGAUGCCGGUCACGCUGGCGCCGGUCAUUGACCUGGCGGCCCAGGGGAUCAAUGCGCAGGCGUUCCGCUUCGGCAACCUGACGAUGGAGUCCGACAAGUACAUCAGCGUCAAGGACACGGCUCCAGACGGAACGAGCCAGGUCGUGACCGUGGACAUGCACAGCAAUAACGCCGUCAGCAAGCGUCCGAUGAAGGCAGAGGCCACCCUGAUGAACCCGACCGACAAUUUCAUCGCCCUGAAGGGUUCUGCGGAGGGCACGCCUGGCCACUUCGUCCAGGUGUUCAAUCUUGACUCCAAGGAGAAGCUCGGAGUGUACCAGUCCAGCGAGGCAAUCGUCUUCUGGAAGUGGAUCACGAAUCGCAAGCUGGCGUUGGUGUGCGCCGUGGACGUCUACCACUGGGACCUGGCGACCCCGAACAGCGCCCCGGAGAAGAUGUUCCAGCGGGCUGGUAAGCUGGCAGAGGCGGGCACCCAGAUCAUCGCCUACUCCUCCAACGCCACCCAGUCCUGGUGCCUGCUGACGGGGAUCUCCACGCAGGACCAGGGCAAGACGAUCGACGGCAACAUGCAGCUGUACAACGUGGAGAAGAAGCAGCAGCAGAUGCUCGAGGGCCACGCCGGCUGCUUCGGCAACGUCCCCGUCACCGACGCGGCAGCGCCGAACGGGCUCUUCUGCUUCUGCGAGCGCAAGGUCGGCAACCUGCAGACCAAGCUGCACGUGAUGGACGUCACCGCCCCGCGCGGCGAGGGCUUGCCUGCCCCCUUCCGGGCGCAGAUGGAAAUUGCGAUGCCGCCCGAGGCGCCCAGCGAUUUCGCGGUGGCUCUUCACCUCAGCGAGAAGCAUGGCGUCAUCUUCAUGAUCACGAAAGCGGGAUACCUUUUUGUCUUCGACGCCGCCACGGCAUCGAUGUUGGUGCGCACCCGCGUCUCCCAGGAAACCAUCUUCAUCUCCACUGGCAGCACGCAGACUGGAGGGUGCAUCUUUGUGAACCGCAAGGGCCAGGUGAUGUCGGUGAAGGUCAACGAGGGUGCCAUCAUCAACUACAUCUCUAACAGCCUUCCGCAGCUCGCGAACCGCGCGGACAUCGCGUUCGCUCUCGCGCGCCGCUUUGGGCUUCCUGGCGCCGACGAGCUCUUCCAGCGGCAGUUCAGCCAGUACUUCGCGUCCGGCGACUACCCAAACGCCGCCCGCGUGGCCGCGCAGUGCAAGAGCGGCAUGCUGCGCACGCCCCAGACCAUCCAGCAGUUCAAGAGCGUGCAGGCCGCCCCAGGCCAGCAGUCGCCGCUGCUGCACUACUUCAGCACGCUGCUCGAGUACGGUAAGCUGAACGCCCUGGAGUCCGUAGAGCUGGUCCGCCCCGUGGUGCAGCAGCAGAGGGGGCAGCUGAUCGAGAAGUGGCUCAAGGAGGAUAAGCUGGAGUGCACCGAGGAGCUCGGCGACAUCGUCAAGCCGCUCGACACCAGGGCCGCUCUGUCGAUCUACGUGCGGGGCCAGAGCCACCAGAAGGUGAUCAACGCGAUGGUGGAGAUCGGCCAGGCCGACCAGAUCGUCGCGUACGUCAAGAAGGUGGGCUUCCAGGCCGACUACUCCACGCUUCUGCAGUCCAUGGUGUCCGUCAAUCCGCAGGGCGCAGCCGAAUUUGCAAAGAGCCUACUGACGGGGGAGACAGGCCCGCUGAUCGACAUCAACAUGGUCGUGAAGGUGUUCAUGGAGCAGAACAGGCUCCAGGAGACGACCUCUGUCUUGCUCGAAGCGCUCAAGGGGAACAGGCCGGACCAGGCCCAGCUGCAAACCCAGCUGCUGGCCAUGAACCUUCAGCAGGCGCCGAAGGUGGCCGAGACCAUCCUGCAGAUGAACAUGUUCACCCACUACGACAAGCAGUUCAUCGGCACCCUGUGCGAGAAGGCGGGCCUGAUGCAGUACGCCCUGGAGCAUUACCAGGACCCAGCCGACGUGAAGCGUACCCUCCUGCACGCACACCAGAUGACACCAGAGUUCCUCCAACAGUUCUUCGGCAAGAUGGCCCCCGAGACAGGCCUGGAGUGCAUGUACGAGCUCAUGCGGCACAAUCGGCAGAACCUGCAGGUCGUGGUGCAGGUCGCCAUCAAGUACCACGAGCAGAUGGGCGCCCUCAAGAUCGUGGAGAUGUUCGAGAGCUUCGGCUCCCACGAGGGCGUCUUCUAUCUCGGACUUCCUGGGCGCCAUCCUGUCGACGAGCACCGAUCCCGCCGUGCACUUCAAGUACAUCCAGGGGGCGAGCCGCUGCGGCAACAUGCAGGAGGUCGAGCGCGUGUGCCGCGAGAGCACCAGCUACAACCCGGCGGAGGUGAAGGAGUUCCUCAAGGAGGCCAAGCUGCCCGACCCGCGCCCGCUCAUCUACGUGUGCGACCUGCACGGGUUCGUCAACGAGCUGACGGAGUACUUGUACAAGAACUCGUUGAUGAAGUACAUCGAGGUCUACGUGUGCAAGGUCAACGCCCUGAACUGCCCCACCGUCAUCGGGACCUUGAUCGACUUGGAUUGCUCCGAGGACUUCAUCAAGAACCUGCUCCAGAACGUGCGAGCGGCCUGCCCCAUCGAGCCGCUCGUGGUCGAGGUCGAGAAGAGGAACCGCCUGCGCCUGCUGCUGCCGUGGCUCGAGGCGCGGGUUGCGGAGGGCAACCAGGACCCCUACCUGCACAAUGGAAUCGCGAUGAUCUACAUCGACACGAACCGCGACCCCGAGCAGUUCUUGAAGACCAAUGCCUUCUACGACUCCGCCAUCGUCGGAAAGUACUGCGAGGAUCGCGACCCGCACCUCGCGUACACGGCCUACAAGCGCGCGUACGGCUCGUGCGACGAGCAGCUGGUCAACGUCACGAACAAGAACGGCCUGUUCCGGCUGCAGGCCCAGUAUCUUGUCGAGCGCCAGAACCCAGAGCUCUGGGCGCUGGUGCUCCAGCCAGAUAA